GUACGCAGUGGUAUCGUCUAGUCAGUUGGAAGAUCUGGAGUGGAGGUCAAGGUCGAAGUGCAAAGGUGAUCAACCCGGAAGCCUGAUUGCUCUGCUAGAACAGCUUCGUACGCUGCAGAUAAAAUGGCUGAGUCGAAGGGAACCACAGAGGAGUCGGUAGCAGAGUAUUACACCCAGGCCUUCAAACCGCGGGAGUACCUGGAUAAACACUUCAGCUCCUUUGACGGGACAGACGGCAAGGAAUGCGUCCAGCUUUUCAUCAUGAACAACCUCCACCAGACAUUGGGCUCAGGGGCUUUCCAGGGAAAGCGACUGUUGGAUAUCGGCACAGGACCGUCCAUUUUGAGCGUCCUGAGCGCAAGUAAAUAUUUUUCCGACAUCACAUGCUCUGACUACCUCGAGGUAUGCCGGGAGGAGCUUCAGAAAUGGGUAGACGGUGACCCGGACGCAUUCGAUUGGGGUGCGUAUUUCCGGUAUGUCAGCAAGCUGGAGGGGAACAGUUCAAGUCCAGACGACAUCGCACCCCGUCUGCGUAAAUCAAUCAAGGGUGUGGUACACUGUGACGUCAAACAGAGCAACCCGCUUUGCGCUGAAAGUGUUGAUCCGUUUGACGUGGUGGUGUCCUCCUUCUGCCUGGAGCUGGCGUGCGACACACCUGACCAGUAUCGCGCAGGCGUGGGCAACAUGACGUCACUCGUCAAACAUGGCGGAGGGCUGGUCAUCCUCGGCGACUUCAAAAACAACAUCAUCGUCGAGACAGAGAAGUAUGCCGACUUCGAUCUCAACGAGGCGUUUCUGCGUGACGCUCUUGUCGCACACGGCUGCACGGACAUCGAGAUCAGACAGGUGUCAAUGGUUGACGAAUGGCCGUGCGAAUUCUUUCACGCCACCGCCAGGAAGGUCUAGAUAAGCCACCUCACAGUUCCGUGUGCAGUUGCGCAGAUCGCUCACUUACGGUUUGAACUGCGCAUGCGCGAGGUCAAAGGUAAAGGUCCCAAACUUGUAAACAAACCAUGCUCAAUACACGUCCCGACAUGGUUUGUUUAUGCCUCAAGAGCCUUCAGGAUCAACAUAUAAAUGGCUUCUUUUAUGUGUACACAUCUGCAUGUUUGGAUUUUUAUUUCUUUCAAACUCCAUCGACCAUAUUCACUGUUUCCCCCAAAGGGCUCCUUGAGCUUGUUUUACGUAAUAAGUGAAAGAGUCUACUGCACUAAAUAAGAACACCGCAGAAAGCACCAUUGGCCUAAAAACAACAGGAUGAGACGAAGAAAAAGAAAUCACCAGAUCACAGCGCGAGGUCGUCGAUGUUUGUUUACCUCUGAGGGGCCUUAGCCUUUGCCCUAUACCCCUUGACCUUACCCCUGCGGCGCUGGAACUGUGAUGUGGCUUAUUGUAAAUAACAGUGCAGAUAGCAUAAGUGUACGUAUUCAUCUACUAAGGCUCUAUCUGGCAAUGGUUGUGCUGCGUAAUGGAUAGAGGCAGUGCCUUAUGAAAACGCUGGUGGGCAAAAGUCCGCUUGUAAUAGAUAACGUUAACUCUGCAAACAUU